UGUCCAAAAGUCAGCUCUUGCGUCUUCAGUUUCAAAAAUGACUUGCCUCCCCAACUGUUUAUCCAUUAAAAAUAUAGAUUCUCAACCAAGAUAAGGAACUUUCCUUUUCUAUAUCAGAAAAUUGCACUCUCACAUGACACUGUACAGUUUUCGUAUUACUAUUCCUUGAUUUGAAAUAUCUAUAGCUCUUUUUUCUUCCUCUAGAUUCUGUCAUCUUUUUAGACUUUGAAUAUCAGUGAGACUCUGAGAGAGAGAGAGAGAGAGAGACGUGUCUCGUUUUGAAUUUGGUGCAGCUAAUUUGAGGAAAAAGUGUCUACAGUGUUGAGUUUACAGGUUACUGUUUCUUCACUUCCAAGUGAUGUUAAAUGUUAAUGAAGUUCAGAUUUUUAUGGUUUUCACUGGUGGGGCUUUCUUUGGGUUCUUCAUGGGUGUACUAGCUUAGUUAAAGUUUCUUCCUUUUUCCCAACUUCUGUCGUCUCUUCUGCUUGAGUGACUGAAAUCUAUGAUCUUGGGAUCUGAUAUCAGUGUUUUAUUUGGUUUUACAACUGGUAUUGUAGCUUGACUUGCAAGUUGUUCUUUUGCGGCUCCUUUAGUGUAUUUGGAGGUGGGUUUUAAGUUUCUUCAAAGUGGUUUUUUUUCAUUCUCUCUCUUCAUGGGGUGCUAGUGUUAGUGUUACUCUGUUGCUUGUUCAGCAAAAUAAGUUGUUGGGUUCUUGAUUUUUGGUCAAGGGUUUUGAUUUCUGGUGGGGACUGGGGAUCUCAGUGCUUCUACUUGGUAUUUAUUAUUGCUUCACUUUUUAAUAAUGGUCACUGUUAAUUGCUUCACUUGCAAGCUGUUGUUAGUUGGUCUUUUUGUGGUUUCAUAGGUGUUUUGGGAUGUGGGUAUUUAAGGUGCUUCACUUGAACGUUUCUUCUUCUGGGCAGUGUUUGUUUUGCACUUUCACAUUGAAGUUGGUUUCUGAGUUCCUAAAUUUACUGGUCUAGGGAUUUGAUUUCUGGUGGGGAUUGGUGAUCUCAAUUGUCUUGUAACUUUUGCUUAAUUUGCAAGCUGCAAGUUGGGUCCUUUUAUCUUUUUUGGUGGAGGUAUUUGCAUGUGGGUAUCCAAGUUUCUUCAUUUGGAUUCUUCUUAGCUUCUGAAAAGCAGCGCAUGCACAACAAUAGCAAAUUCAGUUAAGUUUAUGGGAGCAUUGGUCUUGAUUUGAGCUGGAAAAUCUCCUUUGGUUUCAGCAAUGGUGGUGCUGGAGCUUGUUGCAAUGACUUUCCUCAAAUGGGUAUUCUUGGCUUGCUUUCUUUGUUCAUGUUUGGGUCUGAAAACCCCAGCCUCAUCCUGUAAUCCAAAUGAUCUGUUGGCGCUCAAGGACUUUGCAGGAAACCUCACAAAUGGGUCCAUUGUCACAUCCUGGACCAGUGCAUCUAUUUGCUGCAGAUGGGAUGGUGUUGUCUGUGAGAAUGUGAAGAAUAGUAGCUCAGUUACCAGUAGAGUGACCAAGUUGCUUCUCUCCAGAAAGGGUCUCAAAGGGAUAAUUUCACACUCUUUGGGUCGACUGGACCAUCUGAAAUUUCUCGAUCUUUCAAGCAAUCAUCUAAAUGGUGAAUUGCCUGCAGAGCUCUCAAACUUGAAGCAGCUGGAAGUUCUUGAUUUGAGCUAUAACAUGCUAUCAGGACCAGUUUCGAAGGCACUUUCCGGUCUUGAAUCCAUUCAAACACUGAAUAUCUCUAGCAACUUAUUCAAUGAGAGUUUGCGCGAGCUCGGGGGAUUGCCAAAUAUUGUUGUGUUCAACAUUAGCAACAAUUCAUUCACUGGUGGGUUUGAUUCUCACAUUUGCAAUUCCUCAAGUGGGAUUCAGAUUCUUGAUGUGUCUGUGAACCGUUUGAUGGGCGGUCUUGAAGGCUUGGAUAAUUGCAGCAUCUCUCUCCAACAAUUACAUGUGGAUUUCAAUUCACUUUCAGGGCCUCUUCCUGAUUCUUUGUAUUCUAUGUCAGCUUUGGAGCAACUCUCAGUCUCUGGAAACAAUUUCUCUGGCCAGUUAAGCAUGGAAUUGAGUAAGCUCUCUAGCCUUAAAACCUUAGUCAUUUCUGGAAACCAUUUUUCAGGUGAACUGCCUAAUGUGUUUGGGAACCUCACAAAACUAGAACUAUUAGUUGCACACACAAAUUCAUUUUCUGGUAUAUUGCCAUCUACCCUUGCAAUUUGCUCAAAGCUUCGAGUGCUUGAUCUUCGUAACAAUUCGAUAACGGGCCUUAUUCAUCUUAAUUUCGCUGGGUUGCCCAACCUCUGCCAACUUGAUCUUGCCAGUAAUCGGUUUUAUGGGCCUCUUCUUCCAAAUACCCUAUCUAAUUGCCGUGAAUUGAAAAUUUUGAGCCUUGCUAAGAAUGAAUUGACUGGCCAAAUCCCUGAAGAUUUUUCAAAGCUUACAUCAUUGUUGUCCCUUUCAUUGUCAAACAACAGCUUUGUGAACCUAACUGGGGCACUAUCUGUGCUUCAGCAAUGCCAAAAUCUCACCACUCUUGUUCUUGCAAAGAAUUUUUAUGGCGAGGAAAUUCCUCAAAAUAUGAGUGGGUUCAAGAGUUUGAUGGUUUUCGCUAUUGGAAGUUGUGCUUUGAAAGGCCAAAUCCCAGGUUGGCUAUUGAGUUGUAGGCAGUUGCGAGUCCUGGAUUUGUCUUGGAAUCACUUGGAUGGCAGUAUCCCCAAUUGGAUUGGUCAGAUGGAAAGUUUGUUUUACUUGGACUUCUCAAAUAACUCUCUCACAGGUGAAAUCCCGAAGAGUUUGACAGAGCUAAAGAGCCUCAUUUUUUUAAAUGGAAGUUCAUCAAAUCUUACUGCUUCAGCUGGGAUUCCACUAUACGUUAAGCGAAACCGGAGUGCUAAUGGUCUGCAAUACAACCAGGCCUCAAGUUUCCCACCUGCAAUAUACCUGAGCAAUAACAGAAUAAGUGGAAUAAUAUCGCCUGAAAUUGGGCGAUUAAAAGAACUGCAUGUGUUAGAUUUGAGCAGGAACAACAUGACUGGAACCAUCCCUAGCUCCAUUGCAGAGAUGAGCAACUUGGAAUUGUUGGAUUUAUCGUAUAAUAAUCUUUCUGGAUCCAUCCCCCUGUCAUUUAGCAAGCUAACAUUCUUGUCAAAGUUUAGCGUGGCAUAUAAUCACUUGUAUGGAGCAAUUCCAACUGGGGGACAGUUCUCAAGCUUUCCAAGCUCCAGCUUUGAGGGCAACCUGGGACUUUGUGGGCAGGUAGAUUCGCCAUGUGAUCUCGGUGGCCAUACAGGGCUAAGACCUGCUAUUUCAUCUGGCUCAAAUGGUAAAUUUGGUCGAAACAGCAUCUUCGGCAUAACAAUCAGCAUAGGUGUUGGAGUUGCUGUGCUACUUGCAAUUGCACUGCUUAAAAUGUCCAGGCAGAAUGUGGGAGAUCCAGUUAAUAACUUUGAUGAGGAACUCAGCCGGCCACACAGGUUAUCUGAAGCCCUUGGAUCUUCGAAGCUGGUGCUCUUUCAGAAUUCAGAUUGUAAAGAUCUCACAGUCACAGAGUUGUUAAAAUCUACAAACAAUUUCAACCAAGCGAACAUAAUUGGUUGUGGUGGAUUUGGUCUGGUUUACAAAGCCAACUUUCCUAAUGGGACAAAAGCUGCAAUCAAGAGACUUUCUGGGGAUUGUGGUCAGAUGGAACGUGAAUUCCAAGCUGAAGUGGAAGCCCUCUCAAGAGCUCAGCAUAAGAACCUUGUUGCUCUUCAAGGUUAUUGUCGAUAUGGUAAUGACAGGUUGUUAAUUUACUCCUACAUGGAGAAUGGAAGCUUGGAUUAUUGGCUUCAUGAGAAUGUUGAUGGGGUUUCACUCUUAAAAUGGGACGCAAGACUCAAGAUAGCACAAGGCGCAGCUCGUGGGUUGGCUUACUUGCACAAGGGUUGUGAGCCAAACAUAGUCCACCGAGACAUAAAAUCCAGCAACAUUCUUUUGGAUGAAAUUUUUGAAGCUCAUUUGGCUGAUUUUGGUCUCUCCAGGCUAUUGCAACCGUACGAUACUCAUGUCACAACAGAUUUGGUUGGUACCUUGGGCUAUAUUCCGCCUGAAUAUAGUCAGACUUUAACGGCAACUAUCAGGGGUGAUGUCUAUAGUUUCGGGGUUGUUCUUCUCGAGCUUCUUACUGGUAAAAGGCCCGUCGAAGUUUGCAAAGGCAAAAACUGCAGGGAUUUGGUUUCUUGGGUGUUUCAGAUGAAAUCUGAGAAGAGGGAGGAAGAAAUUAUAGAUUCAGCAAUAUGGGAUAAGGAUCAUGAGAAGCAGCUCUUAGAAGUGCUUGGUAUUGCCUGUAAAUGUUUAGACCGAGAUCCACGACAAAGGCCCUCUAUUGAGCAAGUUGUUUUGUGGCUCAACGGUGUUGGAUAUAAAGAAGCACAACAAUGAACUUAAUUGCUUCUCUUAUGGAUCUAAUUUUCUGUCGCGGUUGCCAGGAAAAAUGGAGGGUAUACCUGUAAAGAAAGGUUAUCUUGAGUUUUUGAAGGUUUGGAAUUGGGGUGAGUUUCAACAAGUGACUGGUUUCUUAUCAAAUACAGCCGUAUGUACUGUAUACUGACAGAUGAACUUUGUAUACAUAGGCUAUUUGGCCAUUUCUUUUGCUGGAAAAUAAGUAUUCAUGUAAUGUAUCAAUUCUUCUCUGAUUAAUUCCAGAUGUUUUCCAA